AGCCAGGCCUGGGGCCGAGUGCGUCCAGGGCAGAGGGUGACGGGAAGCCGCCGGCGCCAGAGGACUCACUUUGGGGCCGCUUGUUUCGGAGCGUGGCACAAACCCGGGUGCCAACCCCAAGCUCACCGGAAUUAUACCUGGGUGCUGGCACCCAGCCACUCCUCUGCCAAUGAAGUACAUCUUGGUCACUGGUGGGGUCAUCUCGGGCAUCGGUAAAGGGAUCAUUGCCAGCAGUAUUGGGACGAUUCUAAAAUCAUGUGGACUCCGAGUGACUGCCAUCAAAAUUGACCCCUAUAUAAACAUCGAUGCAGGCACUUUUUCACCUUAUGAGCACGGUGAAGUGUUUGUCUUAAACGAUGGUGGAGAAGUUGAUUUAGACCUUGGAAAUUAUGAAAGGUUCUUGGAUAUUAAUCUUUAUAAAGACAACAACAUCACUACUGGGAAGAUAUAUCAACAUGUGAUCAAUAAAGAGAGGCGUGGCGAUUACCUGGGGAAAACAGUACAAGUUGUCCCUCACAUUACUGAUGCUGUCCAGGAGUGGGUUAUGAAUCAAGCCAUGGUGCCCGUGGAUGGUCAUAAGGAAGAGCCCCAAAUAUGCGUUAUUGAGCUGGGUGGCACCAUUGGAGACAUUGAAGGAAUGCCAUUUGUGGAAGCGUUCAGACAAUUCCAGUUUAAAGCAAAAAGAGAGAAUUUCUGUAAUAUUCAUGUUAGCCUUGUCCCACAGCCCAGUGCUACCGGAGAACAAAAAACCAAACCCACACAAAACAGUGUCCGUGCACUGAGGGGAUUAGGCCUGUCUCCCGAUCUGAUUGUCUGCCGGAGUUCAACGCCCAUCGAAAUGGCUGUGAAGGAAAAGAUUUCUAUGUUUUGUCACGUGAACCCUGAACAGGUCAUAUGUAUCCAUGAUGUUUCUUCCACCUACCGAGUGCCUGUGCUUUUGGAGGAACAAGGCAUCGUUAAAUAUUUUAAAGAGAGAUUGGAUCUACCCAUUGGGGAUUCUGCAAGUAGUUUGCUUUCCAAGUGGAGAAAUAUGGCUGACAGGUAUGAAAGGUUACAGAAAACAUGUUCCAUUGCCCUGGUUGGCAAAUACACCAAGCUCAGGGACUGCUAUGCCUCCGUGUUCAAAGCCCUGGAACACUCAGCCUUGGCCAUCAACCACAAGUUGAAUCUGAUGUAUAUAGAUUCCAUUGAUCUGGAGCAGACUACUGAAAUUGAAGACCCUGUGAAAUUCCAUGAAGCUUGGCAGAAGCUCUGCAAAGCUGAUGGUGUUCUUGUGCCAGGAGGCUUUGGAAUCAGAGGAACGUUGGGAAAACUCCAGGCAAUUUCUUGGGCACGGUCAAGGAAGAUUCCUUUUCUGGGAGUUUGCCUUGGGAUGCAGCUGGCAGUCAUAGAGUUUGCACGAAACUGCCUUAACUUGAAAGAUGCUGAUUCCACAGAAUUUGAGCCAAAUGCCCAUGUUCCUGUGGUGAUUGAUAUGCCGGAGCACAACCCUGGCAAUUUGGGAGGAACGAUGAGGCUGGGAAUAAGAAGAACUGUUUUCAAAACUGAAAAUUCAAUAUUAAGGAAACUUUAUGGUGAUGUACCUUUCAUAGAAGAAAGACACAGACAUCGGUAUGAGGUGAAUCCUAGCCUGAUCAGCCAACUUGAGCAGAAAGACUUAAGUUUUGUAGGUCAGGAUGUUGAUGGAGAGAGGAUGGAAAUCAUUGAACUGGCAACCUCUGGGUUCAACGGUCUGGAAAAGGCAGGCAGCCCACUGUUGAGGAGCACUCUGCUCUCUCCCACCUCUGAGGAAGAAUGGCCUGAUGUUCUCCUCACUACUGAUCACCCCUAUUUUGUUGGUGUCCAGUUCCAUCCCGAGUUUUCUUCUAGGCCAAUGAAGCCUUCCCCUCCAUACCUGGGGCUGUUACUUGCGGCAACUGGGAAUCUGAAUGCCUACCUCCUACAGGGAUGCAAGCUGUCUUCAAGGGGCUCUUUGAGAAGGAAUGACAGAUACAGUGAUGCCAGUGAUGACAGCUUUUCGGAGCCAAGGUUAGCUGAGUUGGAAAUCAGCUGAAACUGACCCAUGACUUGGAAUCACCAGGACAACCUGAGAGGGCUCUGAAGUAACUGAAGCCAAGAUGAAGGAAUUAUCGGAUGAAAUCACCACACGUAGAAUCACUCUGUUCUCCACCAAACAUGGGAUGUCCAGCCUCAAGGGGAAUCUAAUAAUACGUAUAAUACGUACUUCAAUAAACCAGAAUCAAAGGGGUGGUUUUCUUUUUCCUCCAGAGCCGACCUUUGGUUCUUGCAAAUUUCUUCAGCCGAUUAAACAUUUC